CUGCCCCAGCGCUCAUUAGCCGACCGUUUGGUAACAUCGUACUUUAAGCACCGACAUCCACUGAAUCCAUAUCUACACGAGGGGACAUUUCGCCAGCGGUAUGCACGACUAUGGCUUAGCAAGGAUGUGGGCGGCGAAGAGGCAGCACCCAACAACUUAGCCUGGCUGGGCCUGGUGAAUAUGGUGUUUGCAUUUGGCAGUGAGCAUGCACAGACUCGUCAUCCACAUCACGGAAGCCCAAGCAAUUCAGCAUCAGCGAAACCAGACCGCGCCCGCUUCUUCAAACGGGCAAAGAUGUUGGCAUUCUCGAGCAUCCUACAAGCCAAGAUUGAGCUCGUACAGGCGUUAUUGCUGAUGAGCCAUUACCUGCAUGGUUCUUUGGAGCUCAACCACUGCUGGACCGUCAUUGGGUUAGCUAUUCGCACAGCUCAAGAGCUGGGCCUUUACCUCGAUUCCACUGACUUCACAAACGAUAUCGUCGAGCAGGAGAUCCGUAAGCGCGUGUGGUGGGGUUGCUUCGUCAUCGACCGU